CCUAAACCGGAAGUGAAGUCCAUUUCCCUGUGAGCAAGGUUGACAGCUGCCACAACAAAUGAACGUGGAUGUGGCAUUUUUUAUGCGAACCUGCAUUAGCAGUUCAUAACCAGCCUUUGUGACUAUCCAUAACAACUACAGCUAGUGGUGUUUGACAAUGUUUGAGCACUGUGAGGGAGCAGAGAAGGUGUGGGAAAAAUAUGGCUGUCAGAGUGGAGAUUAUCAUACUGAUUAUGCUGCUGGUCAGCAUGAAAAUAAGUGCCAAAGCUAAUUAUAAUCGCCGAGAAAAAAGACCUCCUCCUCCGCCACUUGCUCCAAAGAAAUUCCGUCCACUAGUCAAAGAGCUUCCUUCAGACAACAGAAAUGACAAAGAGAAAGCAGGGGAAGAAAAGGAAAUUUCAAACUGGAAAACACGGACUUGGAAUGCAAAUUCCUGCCGCCAGUUUGGACUACUCCUGAAAAAGAAGGAAGUAGCAGUGCAGAAAUUGGAGCGUGGGAUUCGGCAGGUGACCAAUGAGAUGAGGGAGCUGGACAUGGGGGAGAGAGACCCUCACAAGGAGUUCCAAGUCCAGAUAUAUGAUCUGUUCAAAAUGCAGCUGAAUUCAAGUGAAGGGUUGAUCUAUCAGGCUAUUCAGUCACUGGAGUCUUCCAUACAGGGGGACGUCAAAGACCUUGCUGAUGUGAAAGAUAGCAGUAAAAAGAGACUGGAUUCUCUGAAAGAUUUGACACUGAAAGAGGAGCAAGCCUAUAACAAACUUCUGAAGGCAGAGGAGACUGAAAAACAGAUGAAGGAGAAAGCUAAUCCCAAUAACACCACCCCAUCUUCAGGGUUUAUCUACGAGAUGCUGCAGGAGGUGGCCAGGGCUGCUGACGAGCUGGAGAAGACGCUGGAUGAACAUGUGUUUGAUCACGCCCUCAAUGACCCCAAACUGGACUUGAUAUCGCUGACAGUCCUGGCAUUCCUCCUGGGCUGGCUGUGUCAGGCACUACAGCUACCCAGUAUGUUUGGGUUUGUGGUGGCAGGUGUUAUACUGGGACCCUCAGGACUCAACAUAGUCAAGUCUGUCAUCCAGGUAGAGAGCAUAGGGGAGCUAGGCGUCUUCUUCAUUCUCUUUGUGGUGGGACUGGAAUUUUCUCCAGCUAAACUCAGAAAGGUGUUCAAAGUUGCCACUAUAGGCUGUACAAUGAUGAUGUCAGUGAUGGUGAUUGCAGGUAUUGUGGUGGGCCUGCAGCUAAAGUCCACCAUUAAUGAGAGUGCCUUUGUCUCAGCUUGUCUGUCUCUGUCCAGUACACCUCUGGUGGUGAAGUUCUUAAGUCAAACUGGCUACCUUGAUAGGAGGGAAGAGGAAGUUCCAACAUCCUCCAGACCGAGGCCAGAAUACGACUAUGGCACCAUCCUGCUUGGAGUGUUGAUAAUGCAGGAUGUAUGGCUGGGGAUUCUGAUGGCUCUGUUACCUGUGUUAGCAGGACAUGGGACCUCUGGAGCUGGCACAGUGGAGGGAGUGGCCAGACAUUACGCCUGGGUCACAUUGGAACUUGUCAUAAAUCUUGUCUCAGUUCUUCUGGUAACAGUGCUGGGAGCACGGUACGUGGUGUCCUUUGUCUUCAAGCAGCUGGUGAUGUCGGGGUCCAGAGAAAUUCUGGUGCUGGGCAGUGUAACCCUGGUCUUCCUUAUGUUAACUAUAACAAAUUAUCUGCAAGUCUCUAUGGAGUUGGGUUGUUUCCUGGCAGGGGUAAUGUUGAGUGCACAGGGACCACAGCUGGCAGGAGAUUUAGAAAAACUCAUGCAGCAGAUCAAAGAUUUUCUUGGCUGUAUUUUCUUUGCAUCUAUAGGUCUUCAUAUAUUCCCCACAUUCUUGGUCUAUGAACUGACCAUUCUAACAACAUUGACAUUAGCAGUUGUAGGAUUUAAGUUUUUCUCCAGUGUUGCCGUCCUGUCAGUGUUACUGCCAGACAACUCUCGUAAAUCAAAGUGGGUGGUGUCUGCAGGCCUUGCUCAAGUCAGCGAGUUCUCUCUAGUCCUAGGAAGCAGAGCCAGACGAUUAGGAUUGAUUUCUAGAGAGGUUUACCUGCUGAUCCUCAGCGUGACCACCCUUAGUCUACUGUUUGCUCCCAUCUUAUGGAGAGCCACAGUAUGGCAGUCAAGAUUGCGACAGAGCACGGCGAAGAGACAAAAUGGCAGAACAAAAAGCGGCCAGAGAAGCUCAGACUCAGAAUUGUCUGAGAAUGAAGCAACUUCCUCAAAUGAAUUAGACAAAAAUUCCAACAUGGUUGAAGUUUUAGAUACGCCUUCUUGUAACUCAGAAAACUUUAUACAAAGGAAUGAGAAUAGCUUAUAGCAUUAUACUUCCCAGGUGAUAAAUAUGUUCCAUAAGCUGUUCAUAAUAACACAUAUAUAUUCACAAAAUGACAGAUAUCUAUCACUGUUUGACAGGUGAUGUGAUUAAGUGAGUUUUGGAUGAUGUCAAGGUGACAGAUCUUAUUCUGAUAUAAUGUGGGAUAUGAACAGUAUGUUAUGGGAAACUUUGGCAGACAUUGAACCCCCAAAGCUCUUCAGCAAUACAAAGUAACUGCCAGCAACUUUACAAUGGCACAUUUAGCAAUGAACUGUAUGCAAGGUUGCAGGAAGAGUAAGAAAUUGUUUGCUCACUUUUUUAAUUUCAGUUACUUAAAAUAAAGACAAUUAAGUGAUGGAGCAAGCAAACAUGACAUGGAUGAAUGGUCUGAGAAUGUUUUCAGGUGUUGGAUAACUUGUCCAUUGAGGUUUUAUUUUACUAUAUAUCUGUGGUUAGUGACAGACUAUUUUUGUCUGUUGCAUAGUCCAUUACACAUAUAAACCCUACUGUGUCAUUAAACAGGACUGCAGACCUUCCGAAUUCAGUGCAAAUUUAUACUGGGGUAGUAUAAGCUAGUGUUCGGUUUAUCCAGAAUUGUUUUAUGGAGAGUCUACUGUAUCUGUUUUUAAAUGUAUAUAAGAGCAAGUGCUGUGACAUAUACAUGACAUAUAAGUACAGUUGGACAAUAUUGGGUAAAGCUAAGCCGUUGUUUUACUUGUAAAAUGCAGUUUUAACAGUAAGCUUGAAAGAAAUUCUGUAAGUUAAAUUUAUUGAAUUUUUUAGCACAUGUCCAUUUUAUUGAUGGCAGAUUUUGAAAUGUAUAAAGAUGCAAAUCAGGGUCCUUGAACACAUAUGGUCGCCUUUACAACCAGCUGAUCAGCGGGCUAACUUUGGAUCAAAUGUGGCACGUACUUGACAAUGGAUUCCUGCCUGCCACAUGCACUAUCCCAGCAGGGGCAGAGCAAUUUCAACAUCCUUUCAGAUGAGUCCCACCAUAUUUGAUCCACAGACCAGUUAGUCAGCAGAUCAACUGGUUGUGAGUGUGGCCAAUA